UAUGGAUGGGCAGAGCAUCAGAUCCUAAUUGAAUCUGAUUCUCAAACAUUAGUGCAGAUGGUGUUGGGUCAGGCAGAAGUUCCAUGGAGACUGCAGAUUGUUAUGGAGAAGAUUCGGUGUUUAUUUGGCAUUUUACAGGUGCAAAAGCUAAUGGAAUUGCUGAUUUUUUGGCAUCCUUUGCUGUUCAAACUGGGAGAUAUACUGACUUUUAAGUCAGUUAUGUUCUUCCACUUGCUGGGCGGCUGUUUUGCAAAGGGAUCAGAGUUCGCUGCCUACAACAAGAUUGAAGAAGGUUGUUAA